GGGAAACGGACGAGUUUACGGUCCCUUGAAACAACGUUCUACACCGCGUGUCUUUUUCCGGGCAACACAAGGCUCUGGCCGCCUCGCAGUGAAUGUAUUAUAACGUAAAAUACUGUAUACAUUUGUCUGGUUUUAAAAAUUGUAAACGAUUUAGAGCACCGAGAGUCGCCGAGGAAUGACGUCAGGACGUAUCACAUUGAAUGAUGACGCCUUUAGAUCAUUAAAAAAAAAACAGCCGUUAAAAAAAUAUCUGAGAAUUAGGUCAGCAAGCUAACACAGUACAACGAGUGUAACUACCGUGUGUUGGAUUAUAUAACGUUCACAAAGACUCGACCCUGGGCACAAAAUAACCUGCUCCGAAGAGGUGAGAGAUGUCCGGUGUUUCCAGCAUCUGCAUACGGAGCCGUGGCCGCUAGAGCGGUCCGUCCGUGAGCCUCCGCUGGGUUUCGGAGACCCGCGAGCCCUCCAAAAAAACCGUUAACGCUAGCUAGCUACUGUACCCAGUACCGGGCCGGGCUGUGGCUGAGCGGUCAACCGAGAGAAGGGGAGACGCGGACGGACUGAGCCCGGGCGUCUCGGGAUAUUACUCCUCGACUCGACAUCCUGGUAGCAGCACAGCGCACGUUUCAGUAGUUCCAGUAAGUUUACCGCCAGAGAUACGUAAAUCAAGGACUCUUGCAUGUGAACACAUAUACCCAAGAGAUGUGAGCCUCGACUCUUCUGUCCCAGAUCGUCUUUAUCCUGAGUAGAGGUAAACAGAGUGGUUUGACAAUGUCAAGCCGCCGGAAAUCGACCACACCUUGCAUGGUGCUGCCCUCUGACGUGGUGGAGGAGAAAACCGAAGGGACAAAGGAUGAAGAGGCAGAAGAGGAGGGAACGGUAAAAGAGGGAUCAGAGCAGGGGCCGACUGCAGAGGAGCUGGAUCAGGCAGUACUUGUUGUGCCCACCCCUCCAGAUACAGAUGAGCCCAUUGUCUCCACCGUGGAAGAGAGUGAAGUUUCUGCUCCCUCGCUGAAGCGCACAGCUACAAACCCUCCUGAGGAUCUGAGGAGCGACCAGCCGACCCAGGAUCAUCGAAGUGAUGCCCCCGAAGAGGGAGGCGCAGACCCCGCAGCGAUUGCAGCCAUUUCCCUCAGCAAGACCCCCAUCAUGAGGAUGAAGACCAAAUCUGAACCCAAAAGGAUUGCUGUUUCCCUGAAAUCAACAGACGAGGCGGUUGAGGGUUUUGGAAGAGAGGGCGAAGGAGAGAUGGACGGAGACCAGGAACCCAUCGAAGCCCCUCUAGGGCCGAUGACUCCUGUGGAGAUGCUGUUGCACGACUCCAUGAAGCUCGGGGGAGGCGGACUGCUUGUCAGCCCGUACUCGGAGCAGCAGAGGAAAGCAGCCACUUUAAACCCCACAGUUUUGCCUGCUGGCCUGGCACAGGUGCUUUCUGCCUUCCAGGCCCAGCAGAGCGCAGCAGCAGCAGCUCAGUCUCAGCUGCUGAUACCCCUCAGCAGCAUACCAUCCUACAGUGCAGCCAUGGACACCAACCCCCGGCUGGGCAACACAUACAAGAAGUUUCCGUACCCCUCCACGGCCGAGAUCAGCAGCCUGGCCGCACAGACCCAGUUCACAGAGGAGCAGAUCAAGGUGUGGUUCUCAGCCCAGCGGCUGAAGCACGGUGUGAGCUGGACUCCUGAAGAAGUCGAGGAGGCAAGGAGGAAACAGUUUAAUGGCACGGUCCACACUGUGCCUCAGACCAUCACUGUUAUACCUGCUCAUCAGCUCUCAUCAGCUGCCAACGGCCUGCAGUCCAUUCUCCAGACCUGCCAGAUAGUGGGCCAGCCCGGCCUGGUGUUCACACAGGUCGGCCCGGGGGGGCACCUUCCAGUGACCAGUGCCAUCACUCUGACAGUGGCAGGGCUGUCCAGUCAGUCCCAAAGCUCCAGCAGAGUUUCCUGCCAGCCCACUGCAACAAACACUGAGUUGAAGCGGGCUACCACAAUCCAGCCUCCCUCUCUAUCUCCACAGGAGAACUCGGCCCUCAGCGCUGACACGUUCGGUUUGCGGCCCAAAAAGUCCAAAGAGCAGCUGGCCGAGCUGAAAGCCAGCUACCUGAAGAACCACUUUGUCACUGAUGCAGAAAUAUCUCGGCUGAUGAAGCUCACCAACCUCACAAAGGGAGAGAUCAAGAAGUGGUUUAGUGACACCAGGUACAACCAGCGCAACUCCAAGAACAGCCAUGUCAUUGUUUUCCAUGACGGAAUGGGCAGAGGAGGGGGCACCUGCGGUAGCAGUGUAGGCACCACCAUUAUCAUCGACUCAAGCGAUGAGACCCCCACAUCUCCCCAUCCUCCACGCACUCCUCCUGUGAAGGAAAAGGAGACGCGGCCCAAAACGUGGAAUCCCUUCCCAGAUUUCACCCUGCAGAAGUUUAAGGAGAAGACACCGGAGCAGCUGGUGGUGCUGGAGGAAAGUUUCGAGAAGAGCAGCACUCCCACAGAUGAAGAGCUGAGCCGCCUGAGGACUGGGACGAAACUGACGCGGAGGGAGAUUGAUGCCUGGUUCACUGAGAGACGAAAAAUGCCAUCGGUCAGCACCUCCUCCCCGGAAUCUUCAGAGGGAGGAAAGAUGGAGGCAGAGGGAGCAAAAGCAUUAGGAGCCAUUUCUUCUUCUCCUUCGGGCUCUUCCUCUCGUAGAGGUAGUCAGACCCCUCCCGGGGCUCGCGGUAAGCAGUUGCCCACCAGCAGCAACAGAGACAUGAGAGAUAAGAGUAAAAAGUCUCCCGAGCAGCUCCAUAUUCUGAAAAGUGCCUUUGUGCGGACCCAGUGGCCCACGCCAGAGGAGUACGACCAACUGGCAGAGGAGAGCGGCCUCCUCCGGUCCUACAUAGUCAGCUGGUUCGGAGACUCUCGGUAUUCGUGGAAGAACAGUAACCUGAAGUGGUUCCUCCAGUACCAAAGUGGCAACAUCGAAGGGCCGAAUGGCGGAGGAGGAAACAAAAUGGGAAGCGGCAGCAGCGGUGGCGGUCGAAAAAGAAGAGGCCGAAAUCGUGGUUGGGGGCGGUCCCGGACCAGGAGGCAGCCGAGAAGGUCUGCGUCCUCCAGCGCAGAUGUUGAUAGACCUCCCCCGUUAAAGAAGAUCAAGAGUGGUAGGGAGAUUCUAAAGGAGUACUAUAUAAGGCACCGUUUCCUCAAUGAGCAGGACCUGGAUGAACUCGUCACCAAGACCAACAUGAGCUACGAACAGGUGAGGGAGUGGUUUGCCGAGGUCCAGCGGCGCUUGGACACGGGCUUGGAUCCCUUCCAGGAGGCGGCUACAGCGAGGACGCAGGGCGGCGAGGCAGGAGACGCGGGGGACACGCAGGGAGAGAUGUCCACGGCCAACGAGCAGCAGGGCGCCGCAGCAACGGGAGAUGAGGGGGAGGAUGAAGGAGAUGAGGAGGAAGACGGCGGCGAUGAUACCGACGACAGUGAGGUUUGGGAGCCGUCACGUAGCGUCAGGAAAUCCUUGUCGGUCUCUGAAGACUGAGGAUUGUGGGAAAACCCGGUGAAACAUGACAGAUUGUUACAAGAGAGGUAGUGGUGUGGCCAAUGCUGGGAGACUGUUAGCUAAAGUCUUUCACUCUUUUGCAACACAAAUACACUGUAUUUUCAAACUAUUUCUGACAUCACGUCCACGUGAGACCAACAUGGACUAUUAGCUUUAGCUCUCUCUCCCUCUACUUUUCUUAUUUUACUGUAAGUAAGGUGUAACAGAGAGGACAAGAAUCAUGUGUUAUUAGAAAUACCCUAAGAAACUUCACUUUGACAUUGUUCAAGAAAAGGUACACAAUAUUUUGACACAAGGAAUACCAUAAAGGGCAAUCUUCAGACUGAAGAUGAUAUCUGUUGUGAUUGCAUAUUAACUACAUGUGUUACUAGAUCAGUGUUGGGCAAGUUACUCAGAAAGGGUAUUAUUAUUAUUAAGUUUUACUCAAUACUCAUUUAAAACGUAAUAUCACUUUACUUAUUACUUAAUAGCAAAAGUAAGAAGCCAUUUUGAUGGUUAUAUUUCGACCCAGUGUAGUGACUUAGAGAGUACACCUGAUCAGCUGAUCCAUCUUCAGCUUUCCCAAACUCUUUUGCACGUUUCGCUGCACAUACAUGAACCAAAAAUAGAAGGUGAGCAUGCAGAAGCCCACAAGGCCCUCAAUGGUUUUUAUUAUUCAAAUUUCCACUGAGAGUGCCUCAUUUUCAAGUGAGGCGGCGCUGCCAGCGUUCGCUCCCACGUAGAGCUUGAGGGACUCGGUUCUGCCCAACACUGAUUCAGACACAUUUGUACAUUUGAUUGCAACUAAUGAAUACUGUUUGUAUGAGAGAUUUUACACCGAGGAUGCCCCAAAUAUUGAUGCCUUGCUUGCUCAAAUGAAGCCAGUAAUGGAGAUUAUGUUGCAUUUUGGAGCCCGUUAUAGGCACAGGCCUAAACUUAAAUCUCUAAUGCUGUGAAUGUUUUACCCCAGGUCCAAAACUAACAGAAAUUCAAUAAUAAUCAUUUGUAUUUACGGUUAAGGUUCCUAAAGAAGGGGUCGCAGCUAGAUGUCACUGCCGAGCCAUGUGCCCCAUGAAACUAGCAUACAUCUAUUUGGGAAACUUGUUGUGACAUGUGACACCUAUGGCAACAUCUGGAUUUGAAUCGUCAGGUCCUUCUGAGCUCACACCUUAAACGACACGAGAAGACGAACCUUAUUGCUGAAUGAAUGCCAAUGUUGUGAUGCUUUGAAACGCAGGGUGUUUAAUCAUGCUUCCCUUUACAGCAGCUUGUUGUUUCAUAAGUGUCAUGGAUAUGUACCCAAACUAAUGAUUAACCAUUUUGAAGGAGCACAUCCUGUAUUAAUAUAGGGACCUUUUUAAAAGGCUGAUCAGACAGUAUGAGGCUGAGGUCCCAAGUUGAAAGUUGUCUCUUGAGCAGUGAGCGAUGGACAUCUGCGUCCACAGAAAGAAUAAUCGAAACAGAAAUAGUUGGCUGGAGGGUAUAUCGUUUACUCAAGGUGGUCUCCAUGGGUGGAAAGGUUCUGAAGAUGGGCAAUGCAGCUUUGCAAAGUUUUACCCAAAACGUGUAAAAAUGUUAAAUGUAAACACCAGCGGCAGCUUCUGUGUCCAAUUCAAUCCCUUGACUGUGUCGCUUUGACUGCAAUCGCCCCCAAAUCAGUAACUUCUUGCCUUUAGGUUUGGUCUUGUGUCAAAAAUGAAGCCUGUGAUCAUUUUGGAUCUUGACCCCAAACUUGAGGAAGACCGUUAAGCAGUAUUCAAAUGAUAAUUUGACUCCAGUCUGCACUGAAAAACACUCGUGAAGCAACUUUUAAAAGAAGCACUUUGUCCACUUGUAUGUGUAGUGGACCGAAUCCUAAUUUGGCACCUUAAUCUCUAAUUAUACCAUAGAAUGGCUCUGAGAGACCAACUCUGUUUUGUAUACAAACUACACCAGUGUUUUGCCUUUUUUUCCAAUCCUCGAUGUGUUUUCAGGAGGAAGAAUCAUUGAUCCACUUUUCUAAUAGUGUGUGUUGUUUAUAUUUGGAUGCUUACAAGGCUCAAGAAAACUAGUCAAACAAUCACCCACCACUUUCUUUUGCUAUGUUGCACAAUUUGAGCAUCCAUUAAAUGUGUUCUAUUUGUUAUCAUAUUUAUGCUUAAAAACAAUUGUUUCCCAUCCCUCCUCCUCUGCUCCAGUAGCCCCGUGUGAUUCUGUGCUCCGGUCCCCCUUCUGUUCGAUGAAUGCAGAGACCUAUGAUGUGCACUUCCCAAGAUACCUUUCUGUAAGUGUGAGCUGGUGGUUCUUUGGCUCACUAAAUUGUCCACAAAACGGGCAGACAAACCGAGCUGUACGAACAAAAACAGACAUUCUUGGAAAAUGUGCUUUGUCUCGUGGAAGGAAUUGUUUUAAUGCGUGAAGAAAGAGCUCAGCAUUCCCUCUGUGGUGGGAGGUCUACCAAAUAACCAUCCCUCUUUCUGUUCUCCCCUGCAUUAUGUUGACAGGACAAUGGACAGAAAACUGUCUCCGUCACGGUUCUUCAGAAAUGGGGGGGGGCGGGGAGGGGGGAGGAGAGACUGAUGAGUCUUCGCAGAUAAACCUAUGUGCCUACGUGCCUCGUGCACCCGUCACAACGCGAUCUCACCCGCUCUCGACGGGAGACGAGGGAGAACCUGUGAACGCUCUAUGAAGCACGUUACUGUUUGGGGAUUUGUAUGGAAAGGCUAAAAGACGCCUAGAAGCUCUCUUAAGUCCUCAUGACGGACACCUUGCUGUUCACCAAUGUGUUGGUGUAUCUCCCUCGGCACCAUAAGCUGUCCCAAAAAGCAUUUGCCUGAAGUGAAAGCUGUCGUUGAUGGCGACCGCCGGAGAGCUGAAACUUUGAUGCGUUUUGUCGUAAUGUGGCAAGUGCUCGGCCAUGAAAAACAACCAGUUCAAAAUGUAAAGGUACACCUUUUGUCUGAUACUGCAUGCAAUAACCAAUACAAAAAAAAGCUCAUUUUGUACAUACAAUAUGUUGGUUGGGUGUACAUGGUGCAGUAGAAGCCUAAUCUGGGAUUCCUUGUUUGUAUAUCUUUGAUAAUAACUAGUUAGAUUUCAUGACCAAGUGGAACGCAACUAUGGACCUGUUUCCUUUUUUUUUUUUUGUUGAAUUCAUGGACACGUUUUUGUCCUUUUCUUGGAUGUGUGUCAUUGCCACAUUUGUACAGCAGCCAUACUGUGCCCUUUAGUUGAAUCCUGAAACUACUUUGUAGGACGUGUGCUAAUUUUUUCCCAUGGUUCAAACUAUGUCUGCAGUUACUUUAGAAGGUUUUAAUCCACAGGUUAAGCUUCAGCCCAGUCUCUCACAGUGCGCUCUGUCUUUCCUAUAGUCAGUCUGUUUUGAAUGGUUUUAUAUGUUUCUAUCUAUGAAAACUGUCUUUACAACUCGCCAGGCAUCCAUGGAUUGCUUGUUAACAAGACACACUCAUUCAAUAUGUACAAUAGCGUGAUGUUUUUUAAAAUAGAAUCUGUUUUUAGAGUAUUUUAAAGUAUUGCUUGUGUGGCUUUUUGGUACUUUGUUUGAAAAAGUAUAAAAUCAGAACUCAAGAGAAAAGACAUGUUCAUGGUUUUUGCUUCAUAAUAACGUGUCCAAUUGUGACGCUUUAGAACUAACCUGUUUUCUAAAGCGAGAUUAAAUUGAACUAGAAAGUAAUUUCCACUCAUAUUAAUGCACUAAAAAGUAAUUUGAAAGUCUGGGAAAUUCUAAUAAAAUGUGCAAAUGAAUAUAAAUAUAAAACCCUUUUCAUUUCUGUGGAUAUUCCAGCUUCUGCUGCACACGUUGACAUUUAUAUUCAAAUCCGACUCUCAAGAGUCCCGCUACUUUGUUGAAUUGCAUUACUUAAACGCUGGAGUGGCUCUUUAAAGAUGUUCUGUCUGUCAGGCAGGAGGUAGACACAGAACCAGCCUGGUUCUGCUACAAUAUACAUGUGUAAAACAUGAAUCAUGCGUUUAAAUAUUUUCCCCAGGUUGCUGAGGUGACAUGUCUGCUCCUUGAGUUAUGAUUUUAAAUCCAACUCAAUACUCAUUGUUGUGCAGUAUAGCGAAGAGCUACUGUUGUGAUCUGAGUAGUUUACCCGAUGUCUUAUUGUGCACACGUCAUAUCUACACCUCUGCUAUAGAUACUCGUUUUCUCUAUUUAGACGGCUAGUCGGUUGAAUGUUUUCUACAGAAUUCAGAGAUUCAAACGUUUUCACUAUAAAGCAGCCACAUUUUUCGGUUAAAAAAAAAUAAUCUCAGAAUUGUAAUAUGCUCAUGAUUUAUUUUGAAUUUUUUAAUUUACAUUGAAUUUUUCACCUCCUGUUUUUUUCUGAUCAAAUUUUGUAUCUGUUGACAGUUUUUACCCCAAAUAAUUCCGUCUCAAGGUGUGUGCUUAGUUUUUUUUAACAUGUUUCACAUACUUGUAGAUGUUUUACUGACCGAUGUCUCUCAGCUCCUGUAUGAAGUGCCAGUUGGGUCUGUAGACACAGAUGCUGUCGGUAGAACACAACAAUCUUAUCUGUAAACUCUUAAUAAAGGUUGGACUGUAAAAUGAAAGUGACGCUCUCGGAGGUUGCGGGCGAAGGUGCUUUUGUUUGAGAUGACCUGAAACGCCUAAACAGUUCAAAUUGUUUUUAUCCUGUGUCCACAGAACUGACGCUUCCAUCUACACUAAGUUAUUCCUACACUCUCUGUACAUCUGAAGUGUGUUUAAAACUGAGAGGAUCUGUCACAACAUUUGAUUAAACAUAGUUUGCAUGUGCAUUUGCCUCUGCAGGCCUGCUGUACCAAAACUAACUUGUGGUUCCUCAAUCACCAGCUUGUAGCUACCAGCCCGGAGGUACAAUGUUCAUUUAAAGUCCUGCUUCCAUUGAAGCUCUGGAUUGAUUUAGAUUCAUAUUUCAAACUUGUUUGAGCACAAAACCCAAUACAUUUGGAUCAAAAUUG